AUGAGGCAGUACUGGCACACGGACGAGGUGUCACGUCAACAUGGCAACUCAGCUGAGCGCGACAUGUGGAAGGUGAGUAACUCUCCUACAGCUCACCGCCACCCUCGAUGGCAGCCCACCGAGCCGGGCGGGGGCGACGCGGUGUACGCUAAGUUUCUCAACUGGGCGUCCUACAAGAGCUUUAAGGAGCGACAGAGAGACGACUUCACUGACCCUGGACGCACCCUUUUCCUCUCGACGCGGUGCAAGUGCCUGGUCCUCCCUGCCAUGGAGCAGUGCGCGUGCAAGAUCCACUCGCAGCAGGUGCUAUACAUCGAGGCCCUGGCCAAUGUCGACAUGACCAGCCACGGGGAAUGCCGGUGUCGAUGGUGCAACGCAGAUGGCGGCAGCAGGUGGCGGGAAACGUGGAAGCACUUGGGCACAUUCUCCGAUGCGAUUGCCUGCCCCAAGGUCGACUUGCGGGCGGCGGACCCGGAGGGUGACGGUUGGAUGGGGCGGAAACCGGAGUGCAACGCUUUGGACUGCGCGAAGUGUGGGUUCGGGGGGGCUGACGGCAUUCCCAUCUGCAGCAAGCUAGAGAACUCCGAGCAGACGGUGGCGUGGAAGAUGUUCGAGGACGUGAUCACUGUGCCUACAUCAGCAGAUGGCAAGAUCAAGACCAAGAAACUCGCCAACCAGACCGUGCCGAAGGAGGGUAAGCUCUGCGAUCUUUGGUCGGCAUUCAAAGAGCACACCAAGCUGUACAUGGCUCACCACUCUAUCGCCAAGUGGCAAAGGCACUGCCACGGGCGUUGCUUGGAGACGUUUCAGGACGGUGACCUUGUCAUCGAGACCGACUUUGCCGAUAAGUACACCCACCAAUCCUUCAUCAGCAUGAUGAUGCCGGUUUACCCGCAGACAACGCUCAUGGUGGCCAUCGUACACUUCAACCCGCAGACGCACGUGGGGGGUGGCAGGGUGCACGUGACGGAAACAUGGAUCUUUGCAUCUGAGGACAUGGCGCAUGACUGCGAUUUCCACCUGCACGGCUUGGCUAGGAUGGCGGACUACUAUCUGCGUGGCGACGGGAGCGAAGCAACACCUGCCGCCCGGUAAGUAGGCCGGACGCCCCGGAUUCACAUGUUCACGGAUGGAUGCGGGAAGAAGUACAAGGGAAGGCGGAAUUUCCGCUUCUUGACCGACAGCGUGCGGCAAAUCGGCUUCUUCAUCGACCACCACUUCGCGGCCACAUCUCACUUCAAAGGUUGCCAUGAUGGGAUUGGCGGAGUGGCAAAGAACGCC